GUUUUAUAUUAGUAAUUGUUAAGAAACAUUUUGGUAAAAACCUAAUACUUUUCUCUCUCAGCAUCUGCUCCGAAGAAUUUUCGGGAAAGUUUCGAAAACUUUUUUGUCAGAAACAUGAAUAACACAAACAAAUUCAUUGAUAUCAACGCCAACGAAGUGGACAUCACAACCAAUGGUGUGAAAGAAUAUUUCGACGAGCACUGGGAGGGAAACAUUUUCUAUCAGCAACAGAGAGUAACCCGGCGUCGGAGGGCUGAAGUACUGGGCAAUGGGCAACAAUUCCGGGGCUGCACUGUUUGGUUUACCGGCUUUUCGGGCGCCGGCAAGACGUCCAUCGCAUUCAAACUGGAAGAGGUUUUAUGCAAACACAAGAUCUUCACCUAUGCUUUGGACGGCGAUAACAUACGGCACGGACUGUGCAAAGGGCUGGGCUUCAGCCAAGAGGACCGGAGCGAGAAUCAGCGCCGCAUCGCCGAAGUGGCCCGACUUUUUGCCGACUCGGGCGCCAUUGUGUUGACCAGUCUUAUCAGCCCUUUGCGUCAGGACAGGGAAAACAUUCGCAAUCUUCACAAACAAAGUAAAUUAGCAUUUUUUGAGAUCUUUGUCGACACGCCGUACGACGUGUGCGAACAAAGGGAUGUGAAGGGCCUGUACGCCAAGGCCAGGGCCGGUCAGAUCGCCUGUUUCACAGGCAUGGCCUCCAAAUACGAGCCGCCCAUAAGUCCGGAUCUGGUGCUGAAGACCGCUGUGGACUCAAUCGAUGAGUGCGUCCAGAAAGUGAUUGAUAUGCUCUCCAAGAAUAAUAUUUUGCCCAAAAGUAUGAAACAAGAAGUGAAGGAACUCUUCGUACCGACAGAUCUCGUCGGCAGACAUAAACUUCUUUGCGAGCAAAUGGUCUCAAUUAAUAUCACAGACAUUGACUUGCAAUGGGUUCAAGUGCUGUCCGAGGGUUGGGCGCCUCCCUUGACGGGUUUUAUGCGGGAACGGGAAUACCUUCAGUGUCUUAACUUCGGUCUAUUGGUUGACGACGGCCUCCACAACCAGACGGUGCCCAUAGUGUUGGCCAUCAAUGAUGACGAUAAAGAGGCGUUGAAUGGGAAGACUAGGGUUGCGCUCAAACACAACGAUAAAGUGGUGGCGUUUCUGGAAAACAUCGAGAUCUACGAACACCGCAAAGAGGAACGAAUGGCCACUGUAUUCAAGACAACAGCCGUCGGCCAUCCGGCCAUCAAACUGAUCGCAGAGGCGGGCGAUUGGCUGUUAGGCGGAGCACUCAAAGUGUUUGAUCGGAUCCGAUGGCAGGACGGACUCGACUCCUAUCGAUUGACGCCCAAUGAGAUCCGACAAAGACUUAAAGAGAUGGACGCUGACGCUGUGUUCGCGUUUCAAUUGCGAAAUCCCAUACAUAACGGCCACGCGUUGCUUAUGCAGGACACCCGACGACAACUGUUGGCCAAAGGCUAUCGAAACCCAGUACUACUGUUACACCCAUUGGGCGGUUGGACCAAAUCGGAUGACGUGCCGCUGGCCGUACGGAUCAACCAACACAAGGCUGUCCUCGAGAGCGGAGUACUCGACCCGAAGACCACUUUGAUGGCCAUUUUUCCAUCGCCGAUGAUCUAUGGCGGGCCGCGAGAGGUUCAAUGGCACGCCCGGGCCCGGCAAGUGGCCGGCGCUAACUUCUACAUUGUGGGUCGAGACCCGGCCGGUGUUCCCCAUCCGAUCACCGGCGAGAACCUGUAUGAGCCCACCCAUGGCAUGAAAGUGCUUCAGUGGGCGCCCGGACUCAACGGCCUGAAGAUCAUACCCUUCAGAGUCGCCGCUUAUAAUAAGGUGAAGAAAGCGAUGACUUUUUAUGAGCCCGAAAACGGGGCCGACUUUGAGUUCAUAUCGGGCACUAAAAUGCGAGGUUUUGCCAAACGGGGCGAAACACCUCCGAAUGGGUUUAUGGCCCCAAACGCCUGGAAAGUGCUCAUCGAUUACUAUCAGAGUAUAGCCAAGUAAUGGGAGUUAUUUUUUAA